GAAAAACUUUAAACCUAUGUUUUUCUUAAAACUAAAAAAGUGAACCUAAAAUUAUGACGUGAAUAAUGUUCAAUAGUUUUGAUUGAAUCUGUAUUUUUCUAAAGUGUAUAGUUAUAGAAAUAAUAUGAAACGUUAAUCAAAUUCUAAAAAUAAAUUGUUUACUUUAUUGAAAACCCUUUGUCAGCUUAUCAUAAAAAAUGACCACUCCUGAACAAGAAAAUGCUAUUGUGAACUUCAAUCCGUCAGAGGUUCAGAAUGUACAAUCGCCUUUUGAUAUUUCUCAAACUCAUAGUGUUAAUACAACACCUUCAGUAAGAGAUGUGAUUCUUUCUGAAGACUUGUUAGCUGGACAGAGGUUAAAUGGCAGAAUGUCCAAUGUUAGAAGAUUUUUUUGUUUGUUUGUUACCUUCGAUUUCCUGUUUACCUCACUUAUGUGGAUUAUUUGUGUCAUGUUAAACGGAGAAUACAUCAUCAAAGCAUUAACUGAACAAGUGAUACAUUAUAAUAUACACACAUCUUUAUUUGAUAUUGUACUAGUAGCUUUUUGCAGAUUUUGUGUAUUAAUAAUAUUUUAUGCUAUGUUAUACAAAAGUCAUUGGAUUGUGAUCUCAUUAUCAACAGCUGGAACGUGUGGGUUCCUCAUUGCAAAAGUGCUAUACUUUGAUUGGCCUCAUUCUUCUCAGCCAGUUUUUGAAGUACUUUUAGUCUUAACGUCAUUUAUUCUUGCAUGGGGUGAAGUAUGGUUCCUUGAUUUUCGAGUAAUCCCACAAGAAAAUUUUGCUAGUAGAUUUAUUGUAGCUGGAGAGACUGAAAGAACACCCCUUAUUAGAAGUUACGUCCAAGGUCUUCCAUCGAUGUAUACUGAAAGUAUAGGAAAUUUUUAUUCUCCACAGGCUACGCCUGAAGGAUCGUUGAAUCGAUUCCAACAAUGUGAUACUUUGAAUGUUUUUGCUCCAGUAAAAUUUUCAAGCGCCGAGGAAGAAAGCUAUAGGACAAAGGCAGACAAAACGUUUAAAGAUGCUUGGCAGUUAUUUAAAAAUAGUAACUGGACCUUCAAGUAUAAAAAAGAUGAGGACCGAGUUUAUACCACUGUGGAUAAUAACAAAAAGACUAUAUUUAGAUUAGAAGCCGAAAUGGAAGUAUCGUCACGUUACCUGCUUGAUGAACUUUUUUACAGGAUUCACGAAGCGCCAAAAUGGAACAUGGCAAUUCAGGAUUCCUACAAAGUGCAAUCGUUAGACGAAUACACCGAUAUAACGUAUACUAUUUCGAAAGAAUCCCUCAAUGGUCUAGUUUCCAGUAGAGAUUUUGUAAAUUUACGCCAUUGGAGUAAAGUUGACAAUGCAUAUGUUCUGUGUUUUAUUAAAACAGAACAUCCUUCCAUUCCCCUUAACAAAAAAAUGAUUAGAGGUGAAAACGGUGUUGGCUGUUACGUUAUAGAAGUAUCUAGUUCACCUAACAAGUGCGUUUUACAUUGGGUCGUCAAUACAGAUCUAAAACUAUGGUUGCCUAGCAGCCUUGUAGAUAAAGAAAUGGGAGGGAUGUUGCUUAAAUACGCCAGCGAACUACGACAGCAUAUUACGAAGAGAAGAAGUAACUGAAGUAUUGUAUUAUCGUGACUGAUUAUUUUUUAAUCAAGCAUUUUUAUAUUGCCUUUGUAUAUAUUUUUGUAUUUGAUUAUAUUAGAAUUUAGGAUAAAUCGUUACCUAUGUAAGUAAUAAAUGUAUUAAUAA